AUGUGCAUCAUCAAAGCACGCCUUGCUUCCAACAUUUUACCUCGUGAACAGUCCUCUGAGAAUGCCGCUCAACGGGCUGAAGAGCUUCAAGAAACGGAUGGCAACUUUUUCGAGAAUUUCACGGCGUUGUCAUGGAAACAAGAAAACAGGAGGCUUCAAGCAGCUCGGGAGGAUGAGCUGCAAAAGGAUAAACCACCUCCAUCGGAGUGCGAUAUCGGCAUUGAGGUUGUACCUUACAAGAUCGGAAGGAAAGAGUGGGAAGAACUAUACAUAGCCGUCCUGUACACAAUCAAGCACAAGUUGGGGGCCAACAGCAAAGGUUAUUCUGUAUAUGCCGAAGAUCUUUAUGAAUAUGCACAGGAAGCCUUCUGUAUGUCUGAUGAAGACCACAAGAGGUUUUUGAGCAUUGCGCAAGACGAAAAGCCUCCAAUUCUUGUUCUCAAUGUGACCGUCGUCGAAGCUCAAGGACUCGAAGCUAAAGAUCCUAAUGGAUUCAGCGAUCCGUAUUGCAUGCUUGGUAUUCAGCCAGCUAAUACCUACCUGGAACGACGGAACAGUUCCGACGAAGAGUUCAGUUCCAGUGGCAGCAUGAAAGGAAGCCCUCGUCGUCAGGGGGGACUGAAGAAGCUGGGGGCCUCUCUCAAGCGCAAGGACCGCAUCCGCAGCAACAGCAUCUCGGACACCUUGCCAGCCAAGUUCAUCCGCACGACAUCUGUCAAACCCCAGACUCUCAAUCCCCGCUGGAACGAGAAAUUUAGACUGGACAUAGAAGAUAUUCGAACAGACAGGUUGCAUCUGGACAUCUGGGAUCAUGACGAUGAAUCAUCAGUCUUUGAUGCAGCCAGGAAACUAAACGAAGUAUCAAGUUUGAAAGGACUUGGCAGGUAUUUCAAACAAAUCGCGCAGUCCGCCCGAACAAGCACAGGUGAAAAUAUUGAUGAUUUCUUGGGGUGUGUUAACAUUCGAUUAGAGGAUGUUCCUUCUGCGGGACUUGACUGCUGGUUCUCCUUGGAAGGGCGAACGGAACGCUCCAGUGUCCAAGGGAAGAUCAGGCUCAAGUUGUCUCUGAGCACGCGGGAGGACGAAGAUGCCGACGCUGAGGACGACAACUGGAAGGAAGUUGUCGAACACCAAGAGCUGCUUUGGGUCUUCAUACAGCACGAACUGAAGCAGCAGCUCUUCCCGAGUUACGAGUGGGCGGGAGAUCUUCCACAACCGGCAUUGACCAUUUUGCACCAGCAUGCAAUUCAGGGUGAUAUCACAGAGCUUCAGCAGACACUCUGUCGUUGGACCAUGUACAGCAAGCAGCUGAUGGAAGUGCCUCUGGACUAUGCCUUACUUUAUCAGCUGCUGGAUGAUUUGAGCAGAGCUUGGGGGGAUCAAGAAAACCCACUUUCAAGGGAUGAGGAGGCUGCAUUGGCUGAGGCAUUCAACCAUUUCUUGGAUUUUGGGUUGAAACUCUUGCAAAAGCACCGAGACUUAUUCCCACCAGGAAACACCCUUGCUCAGCACAAACUUACUAACUUGCUCAAGUGUCUCGCAGCACUGCACGGCCUAAGAGCAUUCAAAUGGUGCUGUCCUUUCCGGCAUGAUCUUCACGUCGAAAUAACCAAUAGUUUAAAGAAAGGAACUUUAGACUGGUUUAACACCCAAAUGGCGCAGGCAGAAGCUCUACAGAAAAAGGACACCAAAUGGUCACUCAGGAGUCUCAUUGAUUUAAUCAAUACCAUGAACAAUGACGUCUACAAAGGUCACGCUUACUACAAUGAAGAAUUCGAAAGUGUGUCGGGCGUGUCGUAUUCAGUCGUGAUCUACAAGCAACUGGAAAAAAUGGUUGGUGAUGUGUUAGGCUGCCGGAUUCAAGAAGCUUGUAGUACUGUUGGGAUGGAUAUGGAUGACAGUCCUGAAUCAGAAUAUAUGGUUACUGCCACUGCAAUGUUUGAACUGUACAUGGCUCUUCAAGAAUUCAUCAAGUUCAAGGAAAAUAUUCCGUUAGAGGAAAAGAAAAAUUUGACCAUGGUUAACUAUCAUUUGUGGUUUAAGGAUGCAGUAAACCAUUGGUUUGUUGUAGCGAAAUCAAAAUCUCAGAUAAGAUUGCGGAAAGCAGUGGAAUUAGACAAGGUUGAGUUUUUAGAUAAUUAUGUGAAGCAUAGUACAUCAGCAGUUGAUACAGCCACUUGUUUCGUUCAGAUAAAAGAGUUCUGGCGUCAGUUGUCAUGGCCUGAUGCAGCUGGUGCAUUUACUUUUGUGAUGAAAGUCAUUGAGAUCAUUUGCGAAGGAACCAUUUAUUACUCCAAGUUGUGCCAACAAAAGCUUCAGAAGAUAACCGAAGCUGAUCCGCAGAAAGAUGUCACCGAACAAUUGUGCAUUACAGUGAACAACAUUGAGUACGUGCUGCAGACGUUAAGACCAUUGGAGGAAGAGUUGAGUGUUGAGCAGAUCAUCAAAGCGCUCAACCUUAACCAAGGAGGAUGCACGGCCAAUCAGUGCCGGGAGACCAUUUACGACAUGUUGAACAAAUCUGAAGAUGAAGUUACAGGCAUCAUCUUCACUAUUAUCUGUGGAAUGGUGGAAAAGCUACGUCCUGACAUGAAAAAAUUUGUUUUCCAUUUGGCCUGGGCUCCAGAAAAAUUAGAUGCUGAAAACGCGAUCCGUCCACUACUGGAAAACCUGGAUACAACUCUACGCAACCUUUACAACAACCUGUUGCAGGCGAAUUUCGAUCGUUUGCUGGACAUGAUGUGGACCGUACUUAUGCACGAGCUGAUGGAAACCACUCAAAGUAACAUUGGUAAAGAGAAACUUGCAUUUUUUGAUCGUCUGUACUCUUCCUUGACGAUUCUGGUCGAUUUCUUCCAUGGAAGUGGCAAAGGACUACCUCUGGAUUGUAUCCAAAAUGCUCCUUACCAGGAUCUCUUCCACAUGUUGAAAUUACAGAAAUCCGAAACCUUACAUUUAAUAGAAUUGUACACACUUCAGAGAUUAGAAGAACAGCAAAAAACAGAAAGCCCUACAUAUGGAAUUCUGACGGUUAAAGCAUCUUACAAUCCAUCUGCUGAAAGUCUACACGUAGAUAUCUUAAAUGCCAGAGAUCUACUGCCAUUGGAUCCUACAGGAUUCAGCGAUCCUUUUGUGAUCAUAGAGCUUGUUCCUCGACAUUUUUUCCCCAACUGUGUUAAACAAAGAACAAAGGUGCAGAAAAAGACAUUAUACCCACUCUUUGAUGAAGCUUUCGAGUUCCACGUGCCGUACGAGCAGCUGAACCGUGAGGGUGCGGGGCUGUGCUUCAGCGUGAUGGACCACGACAUGGUGACGAAGAACGACUUCGAGGGGGAGGCCUUCAUUCCGCUCUGCAACGUCAAGCACGUCGAAGGGGACAACGAGGCACUUGAGGUCAGACUCACCGAAAUAUGCCUCAUACACCCCAACGACAAAAAUGAAAUUAUCGUUGCUUUAGCAGCUAGAGCGUGGGACAAGGACGCUCAAGAUUUUGUAAAGAACCUUAAACACAGACGAAGGAAACAUCCUGAAUUGGGCGAAGAUGAAACAGAGGAAGAAAAUUGAUAGCUUUAAAUUAAUACCAAAAUCUAAUUUAUUGUAAGUGAGAC